AUGGAUGGGUUUGAAUUUGAUGUACUGGACGAAAUCUCCCACUCAUUUGAGCAAUUGGCCCUUGAGAAAAUUGAUAGCGCCACUUUCGACGACAACGUUACCAAGCUCAAGGAAUUAACUUCAAAGGCUACUACAGUAUUAUCCGAUAUUAAAAAUGAAGUAUCGCUAAUAAACGCAUCAAAAGAGUACAAUCAGCAUGUUCUAUCUAAGAUUGAUGUGGUUAGAGAGAAUGAGAGGAAGGAGUAUAAUGAAUUACUGCUAGUUCUAAAGGAUGAAAGGCAACGAUAUAACGAGCUGAAAAGUAGACUCAUUGAAUUGGAAAAUAAGUACAAAAGUUCUUGUCCUGACCACACUCUGAUGACCAAAGUACUAAGGGAACAAAUGCAGUGGCAGACGGCAUUAGAAUCUACCCUUCUAGAAACUUCCAAAUUGAAGCAUGAAUACAAACUAGCUAAACAGAAGAUAUUCGAGUUACAGCAAGAGAAUAUAAUCAAAAUUGAGCAUAGCAGAAUGUUUUAUGAGUUUCUCAAAGCCGCACUAAAAAUAGCAGUUCUAGAGGUUACUCCCAGCAGAUCAACCCUUGUUAUUGCACCAUUGGAGAAGGAGGACAAAUGGAUGUUGAUUGAUACUGACUCAGCUAGCAGGGAUUCAUUAUGGCGCCUGCUGGCUGAAAGGUGA